AUGAAUAACAACAGUAAUGAGGAAGGAAAACAGGAUUUGCUGGAAGCCGAAGAUAAAACAGAACGGAAGUCAAGGGCAAAGGGGUUGACUUUUUUAAAUUGUGUUUUGGGAUCAGUUUUAUGUGAAAUAAAACGAUGUACUGAACAGCAGCAUCAAGUGAUGAGAAUAAUGGAGAAGAGCAGAAACGAAGGAGACCAUCAUCAUCAACGGAGCAGCCCGAGAAGAUCGAGUGGAGAUCAAGAAGAAAAGUUUAGGGUUGGGAUAGUGGAUUUGAGUGGGAUGUCGUUGGAUUCCCUUCCGAUUUCCUCUCUCAAUUUGUCUAAUGUUUCCAAGUUAGACCUCUCCAUUAACAAUCUCCAGAGCAUACCAGAGUCGUUAACGGCGAGGUUGCUGAACGUGGUGGCCAUGGACCUGCACUCUAAUCAGCUCAAGUCUCUCCCCAACUCCAUCGGUUGUCUCUCUAAGCUCAAGUUUCUCAACGUCUCCGGCAACCUUCUCCAGACACUCCCGAAAACGAUCGGAAACUGCAAGUCAUUAGAAGAGUUGAAUGCUAAUUUCAACCAGCUCACAAUGCUACCAGAGACCAUCGGAUUCGAGCUCACCUACUUGAAGAAACUGUCAGUGAACUCGAACAAGUUGAUUCUCCUUCCUCGGUCGAUCACUCAUUUGACAUCGCUACGAGUCCUCGAAGCACGCCUUAGCCGUCUCCGAUCACUCCCUGAUGACAUGGAGAAUCUGAUCAACUUAGAAGUUCUGAAGGUGAGCCAAAACUUUCAGUACCUCGAUACCCUACCUUACUCCAUUGGUCUCUCGAUGUCCCUUGUCGAAUUGGAUAUCAGCUAUAACAAAAUAAAGUAUCUGCCCGAUUCCAUCGGGUGCUUGAGGAAGCUCCAGAAGCUUAGAGUGGAAGGGAACCCACUGGUUUCGCCACCGAUGGAUGUGUUCGAGCAGAGCUUACAGGUGGUUAAGGAGUACCUGUGUGACAAAAUGAAAGCAGGGCAAAGCCCGCAGAAGAAGAGAUCAUGGAUAUUGAGGAAGUUGGUGAAGUAUGCGAGCUUUAAUGGGAAAAUGAUGAGCAGUGCUGGUGGUGGCCGUCGGUCCUGGGAGAAAGAAGGGUCCAUCAUGGUGGAAUAUAGGUCUAUCGACGGUCUCGCUGCACCUCGCUGCAUGGGAAUCUCGUCACCCGGUCGACUCUUUUCGACUCACAACAUGGGGAUGUUGUCACCUCGUCGACUAUUUCCAUCUUGUACUUAUAAAUAA